ACCGCGUUUUACAUGUCUUUCCAUCUCCGCGCAGCCAGCAGCGUGUUCAGUUUUUCCGUCGGCUGGUGCAGAAAGCGCUUUGAAGACACGCCGGGUGAGGAUCAAAAGGCUUUUUGUGUAAUCGGUGGGUGUGACCGAGUCGUCCCCCGCCUCCCCCUCCUUUUUGACUUUCCUUUUCCGGUUUUUUGCUUUGCCAAGUGCCGCCAGUGGGACUCCAGCGUGCCCCUUCCCUUCUAGGGCCGAGGGGGGGGAUCCAGCGGGUUUCUGGUUCUGUGGGAAUGCGAGCUCUCCAACUCUGUAAACAGCUGGUGACUCACUUCAUAGCUAUGGCACCGACUGACUGCAAGGCCCGAGGCUGUGUGUGUGCAGGGAGGGGGCUACAGCCUGUUUCCUUUCUGCACUGCCUGCACACUGCUUUCCCCGUUACUCAUUGGGAUCAUUUGGCCAAGACCAGGAGCCUUUCCUUCCUCCUUUGCGUGCUAAUGUAUUUGUGCCUGUGGCUCGAGUAGGACGGCGGCAGGGGUGCGUGCUGAAUACCAAGCGUGACGGGGGAAAUGAGGGAGAGGUGGUCCAAAGGGGGAGAAGGGGAAGGUAUCUGUGUGGGGGGGGAGUUUGCCCCUUCCUUUGCUGUCUAUGCAAAAAAAACAGAACUUAACAGGGCAUGACGGUCAGCCUUUGGCUUCCCCCUUUUCUUUCCUCCCUGCAGCAGGUGACAAGUGCCCCUGCUGGGGUUGCACCAUGCAGACUGUGAGAACCGGUUACCAUUUGUCCCAGGCACUCUUAGCUGCUCUGAACCGAGUCUGCUGCAGAGGAGGAGAGGGACGGUUGCUGGAGAUGCUGUCCGGGGCAGGGGGGGCGGGUGGUUAGUACUAGGCACGAGCCUGGGCCCGGCGCGAUGCUGUGCUAAAGGCACCGCACACCAGUUGCUUUAAGUGGCCCAUUCAUCACGAAGUGUCUGUCGCUGGUCUGGCUCGCAUGCUGCGUGAUGGGAGGCAGUCGAGACGGGUGGGGGAGAGACUAGCCGGGAGAUGGAGCACUGUGCUGGAAGCCAGAUGAAGUGCUUUAAUAAAAAGGCGCUCAAAUCCAGGGAAAUUCCUCUACUCUGCACUUGUUCUCACCCCUUGUUAUCUUGAUUUGUGUGUGUGUGUGUGUGUGUGUGUGUGUGUGUGUGAGAGAGACAUGAUGAUGAAAUGUCUUGACUGGUGCAGUUUAAGUACAAGCUGAGCCAGCAUCCCUCCACCACCCGGCUCCUGUCACCCCCCCACCCUACCUUCGCCACCCCUCGCUGCUGCCCACCCCCACCGCCACCCCCACCCCGGGGUGUUUGCAGACAUGAAUGAGUUUGUUUACUCUUUGACGACCUCGUGAUGUCUUUGCACAGACAUGACCUGAAGUCAUUAUUGCUUUUGGGCUUCUCUGUUUCCAUGGCGACUGUCUCAGGGUUCACUACUUUCCCAAGGUCACCAUGGCAACUAUCAGAAGGGAAUCAUGCUUGGGAUGCUUUGGCUGGAUUUUUCAUGAAUGAUUAGAAUGUGUGACACGAUGCAGACGUGGAAUUGGGGAGGGUUGGGGUAGGAGGGGGGGGCGAACUCCCGCCAGACAGUCUGUGCGCUGCGCGCCCAGCGCCACCGCAGCCUUCCAAAUCUGCUCGAGCCGCUCCUCGGGAGGGACGGACUCGGUGUCAAAGCCGAAGCCCUCGCGCCCGCCCCGGCUUCUGCAGCCAAGAUGCUGGGGAAAGUGUAGGGCGAUGCCGUGAUGUCACAGUGCAGGGCCCUCGGCCGUGGUAGGUGCAGAAUGAGCGCUUGCUCCGGCAGUGUCGUCGCUCCGGCUCGGUGGGCGUGAAGGUUCGGGAGCGAGGGCCAGCGCCGCGGCCUGAAGGGGUGUAGCGACCCGCCGAGUUGCAAUUUCUGAGCAGUUUUGUCCAGGCGACUGUGCCCAGGUUAUGACGACUAAUCCCAAACCAAAUAAGGCAUUAAAGGUAAAGGAGGAGUCGGGAGAGAAUGCCCCAGUGCUGAGUGACGAUGAACUCGUGUCAAUGUCCGUACGGGAGCUGAACCAGCACCUGAGGGGUCUCACCAAAGAGGAGGUCAUCCGCCUGAAACAGCGGAGGCGCACGCUCAAGAACAGGGGCUACGCUGCCAGCUGCCGCAUCAAGCGCGUGACACAGAAGGAGGAGCUGGAGAGGCAGCGGGUCGAGCUGCAGCAGGAGGUGGAGAAGCUGGCCAGAGAAAACAGCAGCAUGAAGCUGGAGCUGGACGCCCUGCGUUCGAAGUACGAGGCGCUGCAGACCUUCGCUCGUACCGUGGCGCGAGGGCCCAUCACCCCGACCAAAGUGGCCACCACCAGUGUCAUCACCAUUGUGAAGUCAGCCGAAAUCUCAUCCAGUUCUGUGCCAUUUUCGGCAGCGUCCUAGUGCCCUCGGCAGGGGAACCCAGCAGCCUUUCAGAGGGGAGGGGGAAAGGGCUCUUAUGCAUCGUCCCAGAGUCCUUGGUCACUUCAAGAAUUGGCAUUGGUAACAAGUCUCUCUUCCAAAAGUGCAAAAAAAAAAAAAAGAAAAGAAGAAAAGAAAAGAAAAAAAAAAAAAAGAAGAAGAAAGAAAUGUCUACAAAGGGAACUUAACUGGCUGCUCCUCUGUGAACUCAGCGGCUCUGUGAACCUCUCGUGGCCGGGAUUUGAGCUCUGUAUGUAGUACAAGUUUCAAGGCUCGCUUUGUCCUCCCUGUUCUUCCCCAACCCCCUGCAGGCUGUGGGCAGCUUUCCAGCUGGGAGAAGAUAGCUGACGAGCCUCCGGAGCUUUCACGAAUGAUGCUCAAAAGCCAGGAAAUAGAUGGACUGUAGGGAUCAUCAUGUGAGGAAUGUGGAGAAGAAUUUCCUUUAGUGGCAUCCAGCUACCCUGUGAGAAGUUACUUCACCCUCCACCACCACCACCUCCAUCUGUAAUAGCAGUGGCAGAGAAAUAAGCUCCGGAGCAGAUUUUGUCCUGCUGUGCAUGGGUGUGGAUGGGUGGGCGGCAUCGUACAGAGGGCAGUAGGUCUGGGUGAGACCACACCAGUUAGGAAAAACCUUGUCUUCAUCCCACACUGAUUACGAGUUUACAUGAUUCAAUACUUCCUUCACCCCACCCCACCCCUAACCUGUGUGACUUACAAGAACUAAAUUGUAGCCUCUCUUAUACAAAG